CACUAGAAAAAGUGGAAAGGAGCUCGUGGUCAAGGGCAAGGGUUGGAGGUGAUGACUCAGAGUCUGAAGGAAGAAAACGAUAUACUUGUACAAAUCCGAAAGAAAGAUGUAGGUAGAUAUUUGUGGGGAAGCAUAGAGGUGAAAAAAUUGCAGGAGAGGGGAGAAAGAUGCAUGCAAAGAAAGUAAAGAUUGGAGUGUGAUUUGAUGUAAAGCCUGUGAGGACGUUUCCUUGUGACAGAUAAGACGCGUCUAUAUCCGGUCCGUUCGUUUCUUCUUCAGACACUGAUGGAUGGAUGUGAAAUGCUUCUUCUUGAUUUGAUGCAUCCAUGCUCUUCCUUUUCUUUUACGUGUCUUCUUUGUUAAUAAAGUUUUAUCUUGAAGAUACUAACGCGUAUUGAAUUAUUCGUAACAAGAAUCUUAUUCAUGGUGAAGUUCAGACUGUUUCAGUAGAUAAAGAUCCAAUAAUAUAUUGGCUAGUAAACAAAAAUAAAGAUUUGGCUGACGUAGAGUCCCCUGAGAUUUCCAGUCAUGCACGCAUUGCAUGCUCAAAAGACAAAUGUUUUAAUCAUAUUUAUCCUAGAUUCUAAUACAUUUUCAGCGAUAUUAAUUGCAUGCAUAUACACACGCAUCAUAUAUACAUAUAUAUAUUCGUUUUGUGUGGUGUAUUGAACACAUCAACAUCAACUCUAUCUGUCACACUAGCUACUGUCCAAUAUCACAUCAGUUGCUUGCACAACAGGAGAAACACAGAUCAUUUUACAAAAGGACCCUUUUACUAUUUCACCUUCCUUUGUCUUUAAACACGGGAAAAUCUAGGGUUUUGUUUGUUUUAGAGCUUCUCCCACAAUGGAUAUGGAUGUCUUCAGUGGUUGGGAGAGAUCAUCAAGAUAUGAAGAUGAAACCAUAAUGCCACCUGGGUUUAGGUUUCAUCCUACCGAUGAAGAGCUCAUCACUUACUAUCUCCUCAAGAAGGUCCUUGACUCCAGUUUCACUUGUGCCGCCAUUUCUCAAGUUGAUCUCAACAAGUCUGAGCCUUGGGAGCUUCCUGAGAAAGCGAAACUGGGGGAGAAAGAGUGGUACUUCUUCACACUAAGAGAUCGUAAGUACCCAACGGGGCUGCGAACGAACAGAGCAACAGAAGCUGGUUACUGGAAAGCAACGGGUAAAGACAGAGAGAUCAAAAGCUCGAAGACAAAGUCGCUACUCGGGAUGAAGAAAACACUUGUCUUUUACAAAGGUAGAGCUCCUAAAGGUGAAAAAAGCUGUUGGGUCAUGCAUGAGUAUCGCCUCGACGGCAAAUUCUCUUACCAGUACCUUACUUCCUCCGUUAAGGAUGAAUGGGUUCUCUCUAAAGUUAGUCUGAAAAGCAGCGUAGUUGUCGGUAGAGAGCAGACGAAGUUGCUCUCUUCUUCUACCGCUUCCGUCGCCGGAGAAGUCUCCUCUUCUGCUCCGAUCAUUGACGCCUUUGCGACGGAGCACGUGUCCUGUUUCUCCAAUACCUCCGCUGCAGCUCAUGCCGAUACGAGCUUUCCUACGUACCUUCCCGCUCCGCCGCUUUCACUGCCACGUCAGCCUCGACGAAUAGGUGGUGAUGACGUGGCGUUUGGUCAGUUUAUGGAUAUGGGAUCUUCAGGGCAGUUUAAUGUCGACGAAGCAGCAACGUUCUUACCGUAUCUGCCUCCGACGGUUCUUCAUCCUCCUCAGACGUUCGAACUGUACGGUGGCUCGGCCCUGAGUUGCUGGCCGUUUGCUCUCUGAUGAUCGUUGCUAUGCUGGUUUAGUCUCGACUCUCGAACCAUUUGUUUGUUGUGUUGUGUUACUCGCAUGUACGUGUGUUUGUAAUAUCUCUAUGCGUGUUGUAACAUGACUUGUAUGUCAUUUCCUAGCAGUAGUAGUACUCUCGGAUCAUUUGCAUUAUGUUUUGUAAUGUCUUUUGCAUGACUUUUUUUAUAUUAAUUUCUUGUUUGCUUGGUCAUUAAAAAUUAAUCACAGUUAACUUCUUUUUC